CCCAGUCGCCAGUUAACCUUGACAUACAGAGAGGGCGGGAAGGAAGCAGGGGGAGAGAGAGAGGGAAAGGUGCAGUAGGAACAGGUAUGUGGCACCUCGACACACCUGAGAUGUGAAGACCGCUUUUCUACUGCUUGCUGGAGACAAAACUGCUUGUUCUGCCACAGAGAUCUGUCUCACUGUCAGGUCCUGUCCCACUCCUUCAUGUUGGUCUUUACCCACAACAGCUGAACAUACCGUCGGUGGAAAGAACUUCCCCAAGGAAGCAGGGUUGACAAAUCCUUCUCUGUUGACCACCAUGGCAGAAAACAAUUAUAGCUGGUGGAAGCUGACCUUUCUCCGGAAGAAAAAAUCUGCUCCUAAGGUGCUGUAUGAAAGUCCUGAUAUCUAUGCAGUUGCCAAUAAUGAGAACCAGCAAGAGGGGGUGCUAGCAGAUGGUGGCAGCGAUGGGAGCAGUCAGCAGGAAUUCAAUGCUCGGCUAGAGAAGAUUGUGGACAAGAGCACCAAAGGCAAACAUGUCAAAGUCUCCAAUUCGGGGCGCUUCAAGGAAAAGAAGAAAGUCAGGGCUAUGUUGUCGGAAAACCCCAACUUUUUUGCUGACAAUGAACGAGAUGAAAAAUGAUGGGUGGAUGAAGGGGAAAUGCCCUUUCUAUGCACUGGUUGGUUGUCUGAACACUGAGAAGCUGACUGUGAUUCAAUUCAAUUCCAUUUGCAAAUGAAGUUAACGAGGGGCCUGUCUGGGGCUCCAGGAUCAGGUCUUAAUUUUCACAUGAAGAAGAAAGGUUUAGAGGAAGAUGAACUUUAUUAUUGUUAUUGUUCUCUUUUUUUUAAUUUAAGGAAUAAAAUUAGUAAUAUUUACAUUAAACGCAAGCCCACUGCACCAUCAGCAGUGGGGGGAAAUGAAAAGCUAGAGGUACAAUGCAUGACAGUAGGGACAUAUGUAGAACUGCUUGAUGUUAAACCUUGACCAGGGUUGGUCCUGCCAUUAGGCAAAGUGAGGCACUUGUCUUAGGUGGCAAAUGCAGGAAAAUGGUACCUCAGGGGACAAAGCUGUGCCAGGUGUGCCAUAGAGCCACCUCUGCACUCCCUAAGUAAGCCUCUUCAGCCAGGGUGGAGAAUGCCAUCCCAUUGCUUGCACUAAAGUAAGUUCCAGCUCCCAUUUCUGUUGGCUUUUCUACUUGAAAUGAACGUGGCACCAUCUUAUUAUUUGCUUCAGGCUGCAAAAGAUCUUGGGCCAGCUUUGCUGGAUAGCUCUUAGUGAUAUUGUCAGGAUAAGUGAAGUGCAGUUGUAUCUGCUAAUAUCAGAGCCAGUAUCAGUACACUGUAGUCUCCAGAAUCCUCUGACAAAAAUGGGUCCUAUCUAGGUCCCACCAGCACUGAGACAUGCCUUGGCCCUCCUGCCCACCUGUUCCAGGUUUCUUUGGUGCCAUUGGUUUCGUCUAUGAAGCUUCUCACUAACGGAAAUGCCCCAUAUGCCUCAGUUGUUCUUUGGGCACUGUGGAAUAUUAAAAUAGUGGAUAAGGAUAAGGUCCCAGAUCAGGCUGCUGCCAUCAAAUAUGGCCAAACAGUAGAGGCAAGGAUCUCAAAUCUGGAACCAUCCUAGUUUUUACCAUUAAAGCUGUGAACAAUUUAUUUUCGUGACUGCAGGCAUAGAUACCAGGCUCUUUUGCACAUGAGCCUAUGCAAACGUGACUUGCCAAGACAAACAAAGCUCCUUAGUCAUGCACUGUACCCUGUCAGGUAGGUGAUAAAACCUGUUUUCUGCAUUCCUAGGCAUGGCCCAAAAUGGGACAUGUAGCAAAUCAGGUUGACUUCACUCCCCAUGGGCCACCAGUGUUUUCAGUGUGGUGGGCCCCAAUCUGUAACUUCCUGAAGGUUGCAUGUGUCAUAUAACCUGGCCAUAGCUCUCAGGGAACAGGGAACCUUGUCUCAUUACCAGCAUGGAGGUGAAAUUCAGCCAGCCCAGUUGGGUUGUUAUAUAUGGAAAUGGGAGCGAGGGACCUCAUCUUGUCCUUUACCUCAAAUAGCAAAAUGUCUCAGGCCAGCCUUGUUCCUCCAUGGAUUAACAAGAGUGUAUAUGCAUCACAUAGGCUGCAAUUCAACAUCCCCUGACUUUACCAUAAAUAUCUGUACAUGAUGAUACACUGCACCAGCACUACACAAUUUUUGUUCUUGUGUGUCUUCAAGUCAUUUCCAACUGAUGGUGACCCUAAGGUGAACCCCAUGCACAAUACAUUGUGCAACACAUGUUGAUGACUGGAUGCUCUUGUACAAUGUGAAAUUGCAAGUGCAACCCCACUACACAACCAUAAAGCACAGUGCGCAACCACAGUUUGCAACUCUGCUGUAUGCGCAACUCUUCUUCUGCAGCUGUCAGCAGAAUAUGUCUGUUGUGUUAUGGUGAACAAUUCACCUUGCAUUUGUAGCACAACUUAUACAUGCGUAUGCCAUUAAUAUAAUGCCAGCCAUAAUGUGUAAACAGCUACAAAGCAUCAUGUUGCCACAAAUUGACAGCUGACGUGACACACAUAUACAUCACACAGUGUAUAAUCAGCUAUAAUUCAAUCUGUAGCAUCUGCAUAAUGUGCCCCACACAAAUCUGUUCCUUUAUUCAGAUUCUAACCAAGCUUGACUGCAUUUUUUUUAAAAUUGUCACUUUUUCUCCCUUCAUUUGGGUUCUUCAGUCCCUCGCUUUAAUAAAGGUAGGGUAUUAGUUUAAUAUAGUGCAGCAGAAAGAUGGAUCAAGACAUUUUGCCAUCUGAGGUGGAGAAGUAAAAUGGCCUUUCUUUCUCCUGUGCCAGCACUCCAUGUUCCAUAGUACUAAAGCCUAACAAAUUCAUGUAGCUGUACCUAUUUGGCAGGCAGGGAGUCCUGAUUAACCCCAUCAUCCCACUUUUUCAGCUGCUGUUAAACUGUCCCAGUUUCUGCCUCUUCCUCACACUUUCCUCCUUCGUCCUCAGCUUACUUGAAUUGCUGCAAAUUGAGUUCAAAGUGGAAAAGCAAUUUGCACCCAAUUAACUCAGCAGGGGAGAGAGGAGAAAGGAGAAUCUUGCCUUUCCUUGUAGAUUCAUGGAAAAGCAAACUGCUGCAGCAUCUUCUAGCUUGUGUGUCCCUUCUCUUUAAUAACUUUUGCCAUCUUGAUCCCAUUCUGAAGUUGUGUGGGCACAAAUGUCCUGGUUUUAAACUGCGAAAUAUUGGAGGGUACAGGUGUUGUUCCUCCUGAGGUUAACAGGCGUAUAUAUACACCAUCUGAGGGCCUAAGUAUCCUAAAGGCACCAGAUUGUAUCUGAUCUUGGAAGCUAAGCAGGGUCAGCUCUGGUUCGUACUUGGAUGGGAGACUGCCAAGCAAUACUGGGUGCUGUAGGCUAUAUUUCAGAGAAAGGUACUGGUAAUACUGAGUUGAGUACUCCUUGGUUUAGAAAACUCCAUGAAAUUCAUGUGGUCACCACAAGUCAGCAGGCAACUUGAAAGUAGAUACACACAUAUAUAUCAGAUAAUGUGUAACCAGCUACAAAGCAGUUCAUAGCACAUGUAUAGUGUGACCCACACAGACCUGUUCCUUUAUUUAGAUUCUGACCAAGUUUGAAUGCAAAACUGAGCCUUUUCUCUUCCAUCAUCUGUGGUCUUUAGUCUCUUGCUUAUCUAUGCCUCGUUAGGGGCUUUCAUAAAUGGAGGCAAGGAGUUGCUUUGGCAUAGAGCGGCUGAAAGCAGGACCAAGACAUUUUGCCAUCUGAAGUGGAGCAGUAAAUGACAUCCACCCCACCGCCAUCUGCUGCUGCUCCAAGUCAAGGUCCAUAGUACCCAGAGCUUGCAAAGUUGUUUUGGCAUAUGAGGAAGAAAGUCCAACAAGCAUUUCUUCCCAACCCUGGCAGUAAAAAAUACAAUAAGCAAUAUAAAUAAGUAACUAUUUGCUCCCCUUGCAUGACCUCCAAAAUCUCCAAGAGCUGACCCAUAAGUAACAAUCCAAAUAAUACCUUCCUAGGGAUGGGAUUUGGUCAUGCUGGCAAAUUGCUGUAUUUAGAGUGAAGUUGUUUCUCUCUGGCCCAAAUCGUAAACCCAAAGGGUGAAGGAAUCUCUCUGACAUGCAAUGGGGCUCACUUGUCAACAGAGGCUCUGUAUUCUUAUGGUGCAAAUGUGCUCUGUUUGUGGUUAAUUUGGAAAACAAAGUAUAGUUGUGAAGUUAGUGGCAGGUAGAUGUUCUUUUUAUGUUGAAGGAACUAGACUAAAAUGAGACUGGGGAUGUACAGUCAUUCAGCUGUUUCUAGAUUACAACUCCCAUUAAGCCCCACCAAUGGUUCUGCUGGCUAGGACUAAUGGGAGUUGCACUCCCAACAAAAUCCAGAGGGCUACUUAUUCCCUAAUCCUAGACUAAAGAAUCUUUUUGAGUCUGAAUUUCUAUUUAAAUCUUAUUUAAAUACAUGAAUACAGGGCGUCUUAUUUUUCAUCUUAAGGCCAAGGUCCAUGCUUCACGUAUCACCCAAAUGGUGGCAAACCUUGUGCUAGUCCUGACUCUGGUCCAAGUGCAGGAAAGUUUGCUAAAACUCUUGUUUGCUUCACACAUUGAAUUCAAGGUUGUCCUUUUCUCACAGUCCGUUUAAUCACCUCCAAGCCAAUUCCUGCCAACUCAGCCUAGCAAGCCAAGUGAACUUUAACUGCAAAGAAUUGUAUUAAUAACUCAUCCAUCAAGCUUGUUUCGUGCUUGUAAAAAUCUAGUUUUGCUGAAGUUUGCACAUCAGUUUUAUUGAGCCUUGUAGCUGUUUACCUUGCUAAUUUUGUCCCAACUGUUUUUUUCCAUAUGGUCUGGUUAGUAAAGAAAAAAAUUAAUUAUCCAGUA